UUUCGCAGCAGAUACACAAUUCAUCAACGAGUCUCCCGUAAAAUUUGUGCAAAAUACCAAUAAAAUUUAUAAAAUAAUUAAUAAAAUUAAGUGAAUACAAUAACAUGCAAGAGGUUGAACUCGACCAACAGCCGGAUAAUGAAAGAAUGCUAGGAAAUGAACGUGAUAUGGCUGGAAAUACAAUGAUCGAAGAAAUGGACGCCUCAGUGACAGCAACGUCUGUCAGCGAAGCCGCGAUGUCAUCGACUUUAUCAGACACAAUAACGCAGGUAAUUGCAGCGUCGGUAGCAUCACAGGGAACAAGUGGUGUGGCUGGUGGUACGACCAUGUCUAUGGUAAUGACAAUGGCUGGUAGUGGAGGUGGUGGUGCAGCAGUCUCCUCAACGUCAGAAACUGCAGCUGGUACUGUAGAUGCUGAGAGUGCCCAUAUGGACAAAGCAGAGGAUAGUGAUGUUGGCGAGGACGAUGCUGAUGAUGAGACUAAAGAGAACUAUGAAGGCUUUAAUGGCACCGGACGCACUAUCACUUUACAGACCCUUAUGGCUGCCAAUGUUUUACAGCCCGGCAAAUCGGUUAUGACCAUUGAGUAUUUGGGUCAAAAAUUCGUGGGAGAUUUAUUGCCCGAUGGCAAAAUAAAAUCUCAAGAAACUGAGACAGUAUUUUUAACGCCCAGUGCUUGGGCCAUGAAUUGCAAGCGCAUUAUUAAUCCGGAAAAGAAAAGUGGUUGUGGCUGGGGUUCUGUUAAGUAUAAGGGUAAAAAAUUGGAUUCUUAUAAAAAUAGUUGGCUGCGUAAAUGUGCCAUGCAAAAGGAUUCAAUUUCUGAAGAUGUUGAUGCGGAUACUGACAAAAAAUCCUAUUCACCAUUGCCCGUUAUAAAACGUACUGUAUUUCAACACAACACCAUUAUUAAUCGUAAUGUUAUGCAUGAUGCUAAUAUGCUUAUAGAGGCGGUGCCCUUUACUUCGGUGGGCAAACUGCAACCAUUCCUGUUGACCAUGAACUCUUCAGCUUUGCUAUUGGCCGAUUUUCAUUGUCAUUUGACCAUGCAUGAGGUGUGUGGUUAUUUGGGCGGCACCUGGGAUAUUAAUUCACACACUUUGGCCAUUACAAAAGCUUAUCCCUGUCGCAAUACCCGCUUUGAUCGUUCCAAAGGCGGCGAGGUUGAACGUGAAAUACAAAAGGCCAUGAUGAAGGAUCAAUUGCUUUUGGUGGGCUGGUAUCAUUCGCAUCCCAAAUUUCAAGCUGAACCCACUUUACGUGAUUGUGAUGCCCAGCUGGAUUAUCAAAUUAAAAUGAGGGGAUCUUCAGAUGCCACCUAUACCCCCUGCGUUGCUUUGGUCAUAUCUCCCUAUUUCGAUGAAAAUCCCACCUUGGAAUCGGUGGUCAAAUCAAUUUGGGUUCUGCCACCCAAUGAGAAUAAGCAGGCUUUGGAAUAUGGCCGUCCCAUGCUUAUGCAAUACUCUGUCUUACCCGACAAAGAGAUACCCGAAGAAGUACGCACUGAAAUACAAUCCUGUGUUGAUUAUUAUUCCCAAUUUCGCAAUGAGGUGGUGCGCUUCUCGACCGUGUUCAGCGACGAUGUUACUUAUAUAGAAAAACUGAAAAAUACUCUUUAUCCCAAGUUUCCCAUGAAGCAAAAUGACAAGGCCUUAUGGAAUUGGAUAUGUGCCGUUUUGGAUUGUGAACAAGAAGAUGAUUUUAUACCUCCCAAAACUAUUAAGAUCAUAGAUACUAAAGAAGAAUUGCCUAAAUUGCCUAUGGACACAAAAUUGGAAAUAAAACCAGAGGAUGAGCUAAAGGGCGAUGAUUUGACUAUGAAACAUAUAACAUCAGCGGAGGAGGCUUUAAGAGCGGCUGAAGAACAGCAGCAGGCUGAACAAAAAGCUAGCGAACUGAAAGUUUUAUCGUUGCAGGAACAAUUGUGUUUGCCCUCGGGUCUCAAUAUGAAUCCUGUAAGAAUGUUGUCACCCUUGGCCACACCAAAUCCCACUGCUACUACCACAACGGCAAACACGAAUGCUUCUAGUAUUCCGGCCAUUAUACCACCUCUAGUGCAACCACCAAGUGUUACUGCAGCUGGUUUGCUGCCACCCAUGCCUCCUUCAUUGCCAUCAUUGCCACAGAUGCCUAUAGCAGCCCCCAACUUGCCCUCUGCCUCACCCAGAGACAGUCCCAUUACCAUACCCUCGAAUUCGGCUUCUCCCGCCAAAUUUGAAAUGCCCGUGAGAGCCUCUCCUUCACCAGCCAAGUCUGACACCUCAUCACACACCUCUAGGACACGCAAUUCCCCUGCGCCCAGCCCUGGCAAGUUCAGUAUUAGUGAUAUAGCACGCAACAGUCCUAGUAUUACACCCACCAACAAAUUUGAUCCCACAACAGGAGCCUUAGUGCCGCCCACGGUAUCUUCGUCAACAGCCCAUGGCAUACCCUCGGCCAAUGAUUUGAUGGCCGCAAGCUUGGCUCAAUUGGCUGGCCAACUGCCGCCUAAUUUUCUGCAAACCGAUUUGGCUGCACUCUUCCAACAACGCAAAGAUUAUGGCAGCACUUCACUCAACCAAUUGGCGGCUGCCGCCGCUAAAGUGGGAGGUCAGAAUAAAUCACAAAACUCUACAGCCACUUCUAGCUCGGCAGCCGCUCAUUCGGGAGUACCCGAUUUCUCCGAUCCCAAUGUAGCAGCCGCUGUAGCCGCUUAUUCACAAAGCUUCAACAUGCCUCGCCUACAAGACAUGAUGCCUCAAACAUCAGCUCCUCCACCAACACAAAGCAAAUCAAAAGAAAGAUCCUCCAAAUCUUCAUCAUCAUCCUCCUCUUCGUCUUCAUCCUCAACCUCAUCGAAUUCGUAUAAAACUAAACUAAUGAAAGAAUUGGAUGAAUUGAAAAAUGAUCCAUUGAAAAUGAGUGAACUAAUACGAUCGCCAGAAUAUGCUGCAUUACUUUUACAGCAAGCCGAGGCUUUAGGGGCCACUACUUUGGGCACACUAGGAUUUGGAGCAGAUUUCAGUUAUCUAACUGGAGCCACUGGAAUGCAGCCAACAACCUCCACGGCCACGUCUUCAUCGGGCGGUAAAAGUAAAAAUUCUUCGGCUGCUGCAGCAGCAGCUAAUGCAGCCGCUGCUUCGGCGGCAGCUUUAACGGCUGACUAUAAUAAUCUUAUUCAAGCCUCCAAGCUGUUGGGAUACGAUUCAUAUUUGCAGCAGCAAUCGAAAAACAAUGAUUUAAACGCUUUCAUACAACAACAGAUGGCGGCAGCAGCAGCGGCUGUACAGGUGCCCACAGCUCCGAUGCCCAGCACUUCCAAAAAGCAGCAGCAGCAACAGGCUCAGGCACAAGCACAGGCACAAGCUCAGGCUCAAGCACAAGCUCAGGCGCAAGCUCAGGCACAAGCUCAGGCACAAGCACAGGCUCAAGCACAAGCUCAAGCACAAGCUCAGGCUCAAGCACAGGCUCAGGCUCAGGUUCAUAACGAUUACAAUCAACUGUUGCAGACCUACACCAAGUUUUUCGAUCCCAACUUUGGGGCUUUAGUGGCGGCCAAAAAUGCAGGUGCCUCGUCGCAUGAACUGUCAGCUCUGUUGUCUGCCGGCUCAGGCGGUCCCUCCACAUCAUCCUCUUCAUCGAAACAAAAAGAAGCUCAACAGCAACUGUCCCAGCAAACCGACAUGUUGAAUCAGCUAUUGCAAUCGGAAAAACAACAAUCCGAUCUUAAUGCUUUGCUCUAUCAUCAAAAUAAAGCAGCCGCCGACCUGAAUGCUCUCUUCGCCCAACCCACUGGCCAACCGCCCUCAGCCAACACCCCAUCAUCAUCGUCCAAGUCUGGCGGUGGAGGCUCUGGACCCAACUCAACUGGAGCGCCUUCACCUCUAACCGAUCCGGCUGCGGCCUACUACAAUGCUUUGGCCCAGGAGAAAAUCCAAGAUUAUGCAGCCUUCUUUCAACAGCAACAACAACAAGCUGGUAAAUUUGGUAUACCCGAUCCUUUAGCUAAGUCAACAUUAGCCGCUAACAAUCUGUUCAUGUCUCCUUCAGCUUUGUUGAAAAUGCAGCAAGAAUCGAUAAAUGCCAUGAUGAUGAAACCACCCAAGUCGACUUCAUCCUCCUCCCGAACCCGGGAAUCGUCGGCCUCGCCAGCCCUGGAACGUCUAACGCCCACAAAAUCAGCCAUGUCCGGCGGGGGCGGAGGUGGUGGCUCGAAUGCCGGAGGUGGCGGCGGCGGUUCGGGAGGUGGUAAAUAUAAUUUUAGUGCUGUAGAUUUGGCCAUUUCUAGUGUACCCUCCAAUACUCCUUCACCAGCUCCUUCCGAUGGCAGUAACUCUUCCUCACACCGACGUCCCUCGAAUACGCCACCCGUGGACUUGACACGUCUCUAUGGUGAGCUGGCACCGCCCGGUUCUCUGGCCGCCCUCAGUGUUGGUUUGGCUAAUGCCGGCUUGGCCAAUGCGGCCACCAAAAAACGUAUGGAAUUCUCCUCAAUUGCGGACCUGGCUGCCCCACCACCAGCUAAGAUACCCAAAACGGGCGAUGAUGUUUUGAAUCUCUCAAAUGAAUGAAUGAAUUAAACAAACCAACAACCAGCAACAGAAGAACAAACACCAUUCAAUCAUAACUUAAGAAACACAUAAUUUUUGCUUUUUAAAUCAGCCACCCCCAUUAACACGAUGUCUGGUUAUAUGUUAACUUAAACUUAAAAGAUUGUUGAAAUAAUUUUUGGAUAAAAACUGUCAGUAUAACUUUAAGUUACCUAAUAACUUAGACAUCAUGAUAAUAUGCGGGUAAGAGUAUUAUUUUGAAAAGAAGCGUUUUCAAUUGAAUAACAAUUAAAAACUGUUUAGAACACUCUUUAGCAUAGAUUCGUAAUAAAAUUUAAUACAAUUAGAAUGCUA